AUGGAGCCAGACAAAGACCUCGAGGUGCCUCAAUCGGCGUAUCCACGGAUGUUCAGGGAGUUUGACUCGUCGUUCCAGAACAUCGACGAUGUUGAGGGAGACAUCUCGCUGCGGGUGGACGCCGUGGGCCACGGGCAGUAUGACGGGGAGGGCCUGGACGCUGAAGAUGACAGCUCGUUUGACGACAUGCUGGACCCCAGCGCAGCGAGACGGGGGUCUGUGUUUGGCGAUGAUACGCCCGUGAAUGGCUCCUCAACGCAGAUGUUCAAAGAGGUGCCGUCGCCGAGACCAAGAGGAUACGAGUUCAGGCUGAAGAGCUCCAAGUGCAACGUCUAUCUGACGUAUCCGUCGAACUCCGUGGAGAUUGACACGUAUGGAAGGGUGGAGUACGAGCUGAAGACCAAGGAGAACAGCAUGGUGGUGAUCCUGCCCAACUCCAAGGGGCUCAGCGUCAACAACAAGAAGUUGGCUGACGCGUAUGCCAUAAGAACAGGGUGUGUCACGGCGGUUGUGGAUAUCUACUUCGACGACCCCUUGAACUUGGAGACGCCAGCGGAAGACGCCCAUGAUAGCUCGUUCAUCUCAAAGGUCAAGAGCUUGACUGUGGGGGUGGCGGUGAACGUCAAGCUGAACUACUGGCUCCAGUGCCAUAACGUGUUUGGUGCUUAUAACGAUGGGAAGUUCCAAACGACUUCAAACUGGCUCAAGCUACAAGGUUGUAUUGAUGAGCUACUUACAACGCUCAAGACCCAGAAUGCGAUCCUCAUCGGGUUCUCGUACGGGGCAAACGCUGUUGCAAGGAUCGCAAUCGAGUCUGAAGACCCACGGAUAAAGGCUACGGCAAUAGUGCAUCCAAUCUUCAUGCCUCAAGAAGUAUGUGAGACGAUCAAGAUUCCCACACUCUUCAUAGUGGGAAGAGAGGAUUCGUUCUAUUCUUUACACGAUUUGGAGAAGUUUGAAAAGGAUUUGGCUUCAAAAAAGGAUAAAAAGGCCUUUAAAUUUGUCCAGCUCAAGUUUCACAAUGAUACACCACACGGAUUUGCAAUUGCCGGUGACUAUAGUCCUAUGAAGAUUGGUGAUCUUCCGUCAAGAACUUGUGAACAGAUCACAUCUUGGGUCUUGAGAAGGAUAUGA